GGAUUGUCUUGUUUGACUGCCCAGCAUACAUACAAGAAUUCCACCCAUCGCAACCAUGUCCGGUUCAAAAUCCCCGAUAGAAGAGACCGAAAAGUCUCUCGUGCAGAAAGCCAGAGCAUGGGGAGAGAACUCAUUUCCACCCACCCUGCUCGCCACUCUCAUCACCGCACAAUACAUGCGACCAUUCCAGGCCCUUCCCAUGCUUUUCCCUCCCGUCCUUAUAUUCACCAGCUACGCCAACAUCCAAGGCUUCAAAACCGAUACAGCUGGUAUCAGCGCGGCGUGGUCCGGGCUGUACCUGUUGCUCGCGGGUCGUCGGAAGCAGCCGUUCAUGAAGAAAUGGGGCGCGAGGGGAAUUGUCCGCGGUGCGACAAUGGGUCUGUGCUUGGUUAAUAUGGUUAGCGGUGGGUUGGCAUACACCCUGGGCAAGCGGGAGGAGGAAGAGGAAUAGACGGGGGAUAUAUAAAAGUUUUGGUUUGAUUCGGUAAGACAUCUUAUGUGAUGGUGCGGGAUAGUGCUGUUUGUUUGCGGGGUCAUGUAUGAUAUAAGUUGAAUGGGGA